AGGCCUAUUUGACCAGAAUGCACUAACAUAAAACGAAAAGCCACAUCUGUGCGCUGUCAAAGAAGGUUAGAGAUGUAUGGGCGCUGUAGCAAUCGAGGCGGAAUGUUUUGUACGUUACAGAGGGGUGUUGUGGUGAUGUCAACACCAUGAUGGGGCUGGAUCGCACAUUCACAGCACACACAUGUUUGUGCUGUGCUCGUGAACUCAGUUGACACAGCUGGUAGAACUAUGUUGCCUUUUUGCAGGUUUAUGACAAAUGGAGGAACAAUCGCAGCAGGAGGAAGCGGCUUCAACACCUGAAGAACUCCAACCCCCACAAUCCUCCACCCUAGAGUUCAUCAGCCAUGAGCGCUCCGGCCUAGACGCCACUGUGGACCCUGACCAGGUAAAGGAAGAACUUCAAGAGAAGCCCUUAGCCAGUCAGGAGUCAAAGCAACAGCUGUCCCCACCCUUUCAGGCUCCACAGGAGCUCAUCCUUGUGGACCAGAAUGGCCAGACCCUGCAGCUCGAGCGUAUGGUCAUUCUGACAGGGCAGUCACAGAGUGGGCAAGUCUACAUUAUUCCAGCCAAUCAGCUAACAGGAUCUCACGUGCUGAUCCCCCAAAGCAAACCAUUGGACAUAAAUGAGACCAAUGGGUCACAUGGUCAGAAGGUGUCCAAUCAGGAACCGCUCCAGACGCUCACGCUCACAGCCGUUGGUGGCAUUGCAGGCAAUGCUGCCAGUGAGACCACUACUGCCAAAAGUAACGCUGAUUCGUUUGUGAGCCCGCUGAAGCCCCUCCCUCGCAACGCACCCAGUUGGGCUCUGAGGCUACGCAGCUGUGAAAAGAUCGGUGACUCCUAUCGUGGCUACUGCAGUACGGAGGCUGAGUUGGAGGCUGUCCUCCUGCUCCACAAGCAGCAGACGGGUGCCGUGUUUGGGACGCGCCAGUCCCCCUCCCCCGCCAAGCCCGCCACGCGCCUCAUGUGGAAGUCCCAGUACGUGCCCUACGACGGCAUCCCAUUCGUCAACGCAGGGAGUCGUGCCAUAGUGAUGGAAUGCCAGUUUGGCCCUCGACGGAAAGGCCUGCAGCCCAAAUUCAAAUUCCUAAAAGCAAAUUAUAAAGCCACCUGCCCUGCCAGGAUCUACAUCAAGAAGGUGCGUAAGUUCCCGGAGCAGCGUGUGCCUACGGACCCCAAGGUGGACAAGAAGGUGGUGAGACAGGAGCAGGAGAAGGCCUUCUUCAACCUCCGCAAGGGCCCCUGGGAUGUGGGCGGGGUCAUACGGUACUACGUCCAGCUGCCCACCCAGAAGGCUCACCUCUACCACGACAUGGAGGCCCCUCCUCUCCCGCCUCCCCCCGUAUCCCUCGGCCAAUCAGAGGAGGAUGAGGGGGAGGGGCUACUGCUCGGGGCUGCAGAGGAGGAGGAGGAGGAGGAAGAGGAGGAAGACGCAUCGUCGCAGGACGACGGGAGCUGCGUGCCCUCUCGCCUGCACCCCCUGGUUGCGGAAAAGAUAACGCAGCUGGUGGCCCAGGGGCACAGCCAGGUGUACGCCGUACGCAAGCAGCUCAGGAAGUAUGUGGAGCGUGAGAUGUUCCGUGCGGAGAAGGAGAAGGUUCCGGAGAGGCAUAACCUGUGCUACUUCCCCACCGUCAACGACAUCAAGAACCACAUACACGAGGCCCAGAAGACUCUACAACAACAACAACAAGGACAACUCACAACACAUACCGACCCACAGUGGGCAGCAGAGGGAGACGACCUCCUGACUGAAACCGUGACCCUCACCCUGACCCCUGCCUCGGCCGAAGCUGUGGAGGGUAGUGAUACUCUGUCUCCUGAGGCUGUGCAGCUCUUCAGUUCUCUCACCUCCCUGCAGCCCAAGAUCUUCGCCCAGCUCCAGGGUAUCCAGUUGCCGGUGUCAUCCUCCAGCUCACCAGAUGGCGCUCUCUCCAACCAGUCCCCAUCCUCGUCCUCCUCUCUCUCUGCCUCCACUGGCCCUGUGUGCCCCACAGGACCAGCCCCAGAGCUCCUGGAACACCACGACAGCCCCCACAGCUCCUCUCUCGCACCCCCUUCCAGCUCAUUACGGCUGGGGCCCCACACCCAGUCUCUCCUGCCCUCUGGCACCGCCCUUGUGGAGGCAGGUGGUAGUGUGACAGGGCCACCGGCGGGAGCUGGAGCAGCAGCCACAGUGCUGGACAUUGGGCAUCUGGUCAGUGUAGCUAGCCUGGGGCUGGGGGCAAGUGUAUCUGGACUAGGGGUGGGGGCAAGUGAAGGGGGGGUGGGGGUGAGUGUGGCUGGCCUGGGGGGGUUGAGUGAAGCAGGACUGGGGGGCAAUGAAGGAGGGUUGAGGGUUAGUGUAGCUUGCCUGGAGCUGGGUACGAGUGAGGGGGGUCUGGGGGUUGGUGGGAGUGAGGGAGGAUUGGGGGAGAGUCAGGGAGUGGUCGGUGUGGGGCCAGGGCAGACCAUGCAUCAGUUACUGCUGGAGGACGGCCAGACCAUCCCAGUGCGGAUAGUGAACCCCGCCACCAUAGCGUUGGCCCCAUCUGAGAGCUCUGUUAAGAUGAAAGACGAAACCGAAGACAACAGCAUCAACACAGACAUUCCUGCGGGAGACUAACACACACACACACA